UGGAGGAGGCGCGCUCGGCGCAGUCUGGGAGCGAAGUCCGGAGCGCGGGGCCCCUGUGCCGCCGCCGCCCCCUCCUGCCACCCUUCCAGCCAGGGAGCCCGCAGCGCCGGCGGCGGCCGCCGAUGGAGUUCACUUGAGCUGUGAGCCGGCGGGAGAGGCAGGCGCCUGCGAGCGGAGCGCGGGCCGGAGCCGAGGCAGCCCCAGGCGCUACCCGCCCGCCGGCGAGCUCCGGCCAGGAGGCACUGCCGGCCCCGGUCAGCCCGCCCGGCGCCCCGGCCGCUGCAGCGCCUCCCGCGCCGUGCGCCGGCGAGAUCGGCUAAAAAUAAAGACUCCCGGAGCGUCUCCCUGCAGCGCCGCGGCGGCGGCGGGACCAGGACCGGUCGGCCCGCGGCGCUGCUGGAGAGGCGGGACCGGCAGUCGGGGAGCCCGAGGCGGCCGCCGGGGAGAAGCCGCCGCCGCCGCCGCCGCCGCCGCGGUGCGCCCUCCUCCUCCUCCUCCCUCUCCCUCCUCCCUCCCUCUGCACAUGGUCUCCUUUGUCCUGUCGCCGCCGCCGCCGCCUCGCUCUUAGCUCCGCGCGCCGCAGCCGCGGCUUGGGCCGCUCCUCUCCGCCUCGCCCGCCCGCUGGCCCGCCCGGGACGCUCCUCGAGUCCCCGCCGUGCCCGGCCGGCCCCGCGCGCCGCAGGAGCGGCGGGGAGGCAGCGGGCGAGCGCGGGCCGGGCGCCCUCGACGGGCGCGCUCCCUCCCACCGCCCGCCCGGCCUCGGCGGCGCUGGAUGUGUGCGCGGCGCUGGCUCUCGGCCGCCCCGAAGCUGCCGCUCUUCUCUCGUCCGGAUUGGGUUCGCGUGCAUCCGCUUUCGGACUUUCGCAAGGAAAGGAGAGACUUGCGGACGGAGCCUGGUCGGAGUUGGGCGUUUUCUCUUCGUGGGUUUGGCUGGUUUUUCCCCUGGUCUCUGACGAUCCCCCAUCGUGAGCCCUGCUAAGGAACCAAACCAUGAACUUGGGGCUGACAGGACCGCUUAACCCUUUGCGACCAGAUGUAGCCACUUCACUCCCUCACCCUCCAGAAGCGAGCAAGGGGGGUGAAACGAAAUGGCGAGCAAAAUCUGAAGGUCCUUAGCGAGUGAAGGAGUGAAGGGAAAGCUCCGCUCGCCUGCUAAUUCGACUCACCACGUUUCCAUUAGCACUUCCUGAUAAAAAAGAAAAACAGAGCCAGGAAAAUGGUCCAGGCAUCAGAUGCCAGCUCUGAAAAACUCUUCAAUACUGUUAUUGUAAACAAAGAUCCGGAGUUAGGUGUUGGCACGCUACCCGAACAUGACAGCCAGGAUGCAGGGCCGAUUGUCCCCAAGAUAUCCGGUCUAGAGAGAAGCCAGGAGAAGAGCCAGGACUGUUGCAAAGAGCCGAUCUUUGAGCCCGUGGUGCUUAAAGACCCCUGCCCUCAGGUCCCACAGUCAUUCCCCCAGCCCCAGGUGGAGCCCCAGCCUCGAGCUCCUUCUCCGGACCCUGACUUGGUGCAACGCACAGAGGCCCCGCCUCAGCCCCCACGUCCAAGCACACAGCCGUCACAGGCGCCCCCAGAAGCCCAGCUUCAGCCUGCCCCGCAGCCUCAGGUACAGAGGCCACCCAGGCCACAGUCCCCCACCCACCUGCUCCAUCAGAGUCUCCCGCCUGUGCAGGCCCACCCCUCGUCUCAGAGCCUCUCCCAGCCAUUGUCAGCCUACAACAGCAGUAGCUUAAGCCUCAACAGUUUAAGCAGUAGCAGAAGCAGCACUCCAGCGAAGACUCAACCCGCCCCUCCUCACAUCUCCCACCACCCCUCGGCCUCCCCAUUCCCCCUCUCACUGCCCAACCACAGCCCCCUGCACAGCUUCACGCCCACCCUCCAGCCUCCCGCACACUCACAUCACCCCAAUAUGUUUGCCCCUCCCACUGCUUUGCCUCCUCCACCACCUCUGACAUCAGGGAGUCUGCAGGUCCCCGGACACCCGGCCGGGAGCACUUACUCAGAGCAAGACAUCCUGCGACAGGAACUGAAUACACGUUUUUUGGCCUCUCAGAGUGCUGACCGUGGGGCUUCCCUGGGCCCUCCGCCCUACCUGCGGACCGAGUUCCACCAGCACCAGCACCAGCACCAGCACACACACCAGCACACGCACCAGCACACCUUCACGCCGUUUCCCCACGCCAUCCCCCCCACCGCCAUCAUGCCGACGCCAGCACCUCCCAUGGUGCGUACCCCAGGCAGAAAUUUUGACAAAUACCCUACAAAAGUUGACCCAUUCUACCGGCACAGUCUCUUCCAUUCCUACCCUCCUGCAGUAUCGGGCAUUCCCCCUAUGAUUCCACCCACUGGCCCUUUUGGUUCACUACAAGGAGCAUUUCAGCCGAAGACAUCCAACCCUAUCGAUGUUGCCGCUCGACCUGGGACAGUCCCACACACUCUACUCCAAAAGGACCCGAGGUUGACAGAUCCUUUCAGACCUAUGUUAAGGAAACCAGGGAAGUGGUGUGCUAUGCAUGUUCACAUUGCCUGGCAGAUCUACCACCACCAACAGAAAGUCAAGAAACAGAUGCAGUCAGACCCACAUAAGCUGGACUUUGGACUGAAACCUGAGUUCCUGAGCCGUCCUCCAGGCCCCAGUCUCUUUGGAGCCAUCCACCACCCCCAUGACCUGGCACGGCCUUCGACUUUGUUCUCUGCCGCUGGUGCUGCACACCCAACCGGGACCCCUUUUGGGCCGCCUCCUCAUCACAGCAACUUCCUUAACCCUGCUGCCCACCUAGAGCCUUUUAAUCGGCCGUCUACGUUCACUGGCCUAGCAGCUGUUGGUGGCAAUGCCUUCGGGGGACUUGGAAAUCCUUCAGUUACACCCAACUCAAUGUUCGGCCACAAGGAUGGCCCCAGUGUGCAGAACUUUAGCAACCCUCACGAACCCUGGAACCGGCUGCACCGAACGCCUCCGUCGUUCCCGACCCCUCCGCCCUGGCUGAAGCCAGGGGAGCUGGAGCGUAGCGCGUCCGCUGCAGCUCAUGACAGAGAUAGAGAUGUAGAUAAACGAGACUCAUCCGUUAGUAAAGAUGACAAAGAAAGGGAAAGCGUUGAGAAGAGACACUCCAGCCACCCUUCACCAGCACCUGUCCUCCCGGUGAGCACCCUGGGACAUAACCGCAGCUCCACUGAACAGAUCAGGGGUCAUUUGAACACUGAGGCUCGAGAGAAAGACAAAUCCAAAGAGAGGGAGAGAGACCACUCGGAAUCCCGUAAGGACCUGACCGCUGACGAGCACAAGGCGAAGGAGGGCCACCUGCCCGAGAAGGACGGCCAUGGCCACGAGGGGCGAGCCGUGGGCGAAGAGGCCAAGCAGCUGGCCCGGGUGCCAUCACCCUACGUGCGGACCCCUGUCGUGGAGAGUACCAGGCCCAACAGCACCUCGAGCCGCGAGGCUGAGCAGCGCAAGAGCGAGCCGGCCUACGAGAAUCCCAAGAAGGGCUCAGAGGUCAAGGUGAAGGAGGAGCGUAAGGAAGACCACGACCUGCCUCCGGAGGCCCCACAGACCCACCGGUCUUCAGAGCCGCCUCCUCCAAACUCCUCGUCCAGUGUGCACCCGGGGCCCUUGGCCUCGAUGCCCAUGACGGUGGGGGUGACAGGCAUUCACCCCAUGAACAGCAUCAGCAGCCUGGACAGGACUCGCAUGAUGACUCCUUUCAUGGGCAUCAGUCCCAUCCCCGGGGGAGAGCGGUUUCCGUAUCCUUCUUUCCAUUGGGACCCCAUACGGGACCCUUUGAGGGAUCCCUACCGAGAACUUGACAUUCAUCGGAGAGACCCGCUGGGCAGGGACUUUCUGCUGAGGAACGACCCUCUCCACCGUCUCUCGACUCCCCGGCUGUACGAAGCUGAUCGCUCCUUCAGGGACAGGGAGCCUCAUGACUAUAACCACCACCACCACCACCACCACCACCCUCUGUCUGUGGACCCUCGGCGGGAACACGAGCGAGGGAGUCACCUGGAUGAGCGGGAGCGCUUGCACAUGCUCAGAGAGGACUAUGAGCACACGCGGCUCCAUUCCGUCCACCCGGCCUCCCUCGAUGGACACCUCCCCCACCCCAGCCUCAUCACCCCGGGACUCCCCAGCAUGCACUACCCCAGAAUCAGCCCCACCACGGGGCACCAGAACGGACUCCUCAACAAGACCCCGCCCACAGCAGCGCUGAGCGCGCCUCCCCCCCUCAUUUCCACGCUGGGGGGCCGCCCAGUCUCUCCCAGAAGGACUACUCCUCUGUCCGCAGAGAUCAGGGAGAGGCCCCCUUCCCACACUCUGAAGGAUAUUGAAGCUCGAUAAGGAGAGCAUAGGACACGGAAGAGGAAGAAGACCCUACAACCACACUGCGCCAGGCCUUGACCAGAGGGUGGGCGAGUGAGUGAACUCCUGCUUCCUUAACACAGACUGGGGGGGUGAGAGGCCCCCAACUCUUCCCUUGUAAAAAAUGUAUAGACUCAGUGCCGAUUUUGAAAUGUUUUUGUAUAUUAUAUGUUGAAAUUUUUCAGAUCUUUUAGCCAAGUCAUAUGUCCUCAUGUCUCCUCCUCUUUUGGUUUCUCGUAUAAACCUUUUUGAUCUGAACCAAAACAGUGAAGAUGACAACACACACCACUUUGGUGAUAACGGGGGGAAAAAAACAACAGUCCACACAAUCCGUCGGGCAAAGCUCUUUCAGAUUAGAAGGGAAGGCCGUGUACAUAGUUAUGUAAAAAAAGAUUGCUUCAUGAGCUAAUGGUUCAUAUAUGCAAAAGGGUAAGACGAAAGCUUUACUUUGUACAAAUGUAAAUAGAUAAAGAUUAAGUAACAUAAUACAUUAAUACUUCUUAAAAAUGUGCUAUUUGCAAACUUAAUAUCAGUGAACACGGUCGGCUGUGGCUGUGUUCCCAUAUAUUGUUAUAGACAGCUAAACCCUUCAACUAUGCAAUGAAUGUUAGGGCUUUUCACAAAAGCCCGCCUAACUCAAAGGAGCCUUUUCAAAUCCAUUUACAACAUACUUAAGGUCAUAUUUUCCCUGAACAAGCGCUUACGUGAUAUGACUCUGUUUUCCUUACUUGUUUUUUCAAACGGAGAAACAUCCUGUUUUGCAAAUUGGACCCCAGGCUGAAACUUUGCAUCUGAAGUUGCUGCUUGUGGGCUCUGGGGGGAGAGUGCAGCCCCAGGAAGGUAACUGAGGACAUGAGCAACCAGUGCCAGGGAGGAUGGGAGUUGUCAGAUGCCAGAAUCAGGGGACACAGGUCGCAGCAUCUCGUCACCAUCAGUCACGUGAUCUCACACCUCAUGUGGGAACCGUGCAUUUUUAGCGUGUCCUCUUUCAUAUCUGGACACUCCUCCUCAUUUUGUAGUGGGAUUUAAUUACACCCAAACAGAUCCUGAAAGAAAGCUUCAAGUUUUCUCAGAUGAUGGAUAUGUUUUCACUGUAUUCAGUAGCUGAUGAAUUUAAGGUACACAUUUCCUAAGGUGACUCACUGUAUUCCAGUUGGGAAGAAGGUCUGGGAAUAGCCGUGACAGGUCAGCCUUGUGGAGCCGUGGAGAGUUACAAAGGGUGAGAGGUGGCAGAGACAAAGUCUUGUGUGUGCGUGUGUUUUUAAGUUUGCAUCAAUCUUAAUGUCUCUUCAUAAUACUUUUAUAAUACAUUAAGCCUCUUGUCUACAUAUUUGGAGAGAAUAUGACUUUACUAGCAGAGAAAUACAAUAUAUCUUGUCUACUGGACUGUAAAAUAUAUGUAUCAAAUAAAAUUAGUUCCAUUUGGUCUUCUAGUAUAUUAAAGUGCUAUCUGACGUUGUUAUCCUGUUUUUGCAAAAAAAAAAAAAAGUUAACUACAGACCAUCGUUUCUAAUAAGCAGAGAGAUCUAUUUUAGUAGUAAACUGAAGGUUUAGUUGUGAGCUUCAGAUUUUGUGAACUCCAGAUGUUGUGCAGUGUUUUUUUUUUUUUUUAAGACAACAACUAAAAAGAAAAAAAAAUCCAAGGAAUAUGUACACUGGAACUGUAGUGGUAGCUUUCAGUAUUGUAAAGAGAUUGUUCUAUACAGACCUUUUUGCUGUUUAUCCUGUAUGUAAUAAAGUCCUUUCUAGAUCCUAUGUGGAAAGAAAAGUGAAGCGACUGAAUCUUCAGCAUGUUCUCAUCGGCGGAGCCUCUUGUGUAAUGUAAACUGUGCCAUGUUAUUAAAAAAUGUGAACUAAGCUUCCAGCUGCUUGUUUGUGUCAGAUGGCCAUCUUUCCCCUAGGGAAGAAGGCGUCCUUGCAAGACCGGGCUCUUGAUAAGAACCGCCU